AUGGCCGACGACAUCGAUUCCAUCGUCAAGGGCGCACCAGCCGGGACUCCAGACAUCAAGAGCAGCUCUGGACCAACUCCCAUUGCGCCCGCUACCGGCAAACAAGGUGACCCUCUCAACCACGCGCCGAGCUCCCCGUCCAUGGUCUACCUGAACCUCCUCAUCCUCGAAGCUUCCCUCCGAGCGCAGUUCCUCGAGCUCCGUGCCAGAAAACGCCAUCAUACAUUCUUCUUGACCCUGCUGACACUAUGGGUCGCCUUCUUCGGCUACAAGCUAUACUUUGCCCCUCGCGAAGACGGCCGUGGUGUUGGAGGCUCCAUUUACUGGGCGCUGGAAGGUGCCCAGAAGGUGUGCUUCAUGGGAGGCAUCAUCACGGCAAUUUUGGUCUGGGGAACCGGAAUCUGGGACCGUGGCAUCCGCUGGCCCAGGAGAUGGUUUGCUAUCUCCAACAGGGGUCUGCGCGGAUUCAACUGCAAGCUUGUCAUAAUACGGCGGCCGUGGUGGGCCGAGGCGCUCUCAACAAUUGGCUUCUUCCUGACGUACGGCCUGUUUUCGCAUACCGCGAGCUCCUCCUACCGCCACGUAGAGCCUUGGCUGUUGCGGGAGACGGAAAAGGAGCUUCAGCUUUCCAGUGAUGGCCACCCAAUGCUGGUGUUGCCUCACGAUGAUGAGGAAAAGGGUGGACAUGAGGAGGACUUGGCACCCGGAGGCGACUACGUCAAACUGCUUCUGCUGCCGAAGCCAUUCUCGCCAACAUUCAGAGAAAACUGGGAGCUUUACCGUACCGAGUACUGGGAGAGAGAAAACGAACGACGAGCACUAUUACGCCGAAAGGUUAAGGAACAUGAUCGCAAGAUGGCCAAGCAGGCAUACGGCUGGCUUUGGUGGCUGCCAUGGCGGGAAAUCCCCCAGCGCAAGCCGCAAUCACACAAGACUCUCCAUCGCCACUCCAGCAGCGAGAAGGUACGGAGGAAUCGCGGCGGCAGCGUGCGCCGACUAUCUACUAGCUCGUCCCGAAGCCAAACGCCAACUUUAGACGUGGACGAUGGACAGCUCAGUCGCCGGCCCAGCUCUGCCUCGGAUAAGCGCCGCAAGAAGCCGUCAUCCAUGUCCAAGUCGAAGCGAUCCGGAACAGAUUCACGCUCAGUCACCCCAGAAGCGCCGUCGCCAUUGACAAAGGAAGCUACCGUGUCUGUUGACGAGUCUUCUACCGAGGGCAGUGGAAGGGUUUUACGCAGUGCCGGACAAAAGACUGGCAAGGAUUCAGUUGAACCGGACAAGGCGAGUUCAUAG